UCAUUCAAUUUCCCAGCGACGACUCCACGAAGAAAAUAUAGAAAAAUUAGAAAGAAAAGGAAAAAAAAAAACAAGAAUCUAGAGAGAGAAACAAGGAAUCAGAGAGAAAAACAAGGAGACAGCGAGGAAGAAAGACGGAGAGGAGUUGACAUUAAUGGCGGAUGGAAGGAAGGAGAGGAACACUCACGGCGAUGAGAGCGUUAAGCUGUUUGUAGGUCAAGUGCCGAAGCAUAUGACCGAAGCUCAGUUGCUCGCAAUGUUCAAAGAGUUCGCUCUGGUGGAGGAGGUCAAUAUCAUUAAGGACAAGGCAACUCGCGCCUCCAGAGGGUGUUGUUUUGUGAUAUGUCCGUCGAGGCAAGAGGCGGAUAAGGCAGUCAAUGCAUGUCAUAAUAAGAAGACACUAUCAGGGGCAUCUAGUCCAUUGCAAGUGAAGUAUGCGGACGGGGAGUUGGAAAGGCUAGAGCACAAGCUUUUUGUUGGCAUGCUUCCGAAGAUUGUUUCAGAAGCCGAAGUUUCUGCUUUAUUUUCUAAAUAUGGAAAUAUAAAAGACUUACAGAUUUUAAGAGGUUCUCAGCAAACAAGCAAAGGAUGUGCAUUUUUGAAGUAUGAGACUAAAGAACAAGCCCUUGCUGCUCUUGAGGCCAUCAAUGGAAAGCACAAGAUGGAGGGUUCUAGUGUUCCCCUGGUUGUCAAAUGGGCAGAUACAGAAAAGGAAAGACAAGCUCGGAGGUCUCAGAAGGCUCAUUCGCAAGCUUCUAAUGCGGCAAGUAGUGAGUCACAACAUCCUUCAUUAUUUGGAGCUUUGCCAAUGGGAUAUAUUCCCCCAUAUAAUGGAUAUGGAUAUCAGGCUCCUGGUACCUAUGGACUUGUGCAGUACCGUCUACCAGCAAUGCAGAAUCAAGCACCUUUCCAUAAUAUGAUUCCUCCAGUAAACCAAGGAAACGCAUUGCGUGGAAUCACACCAGAUCUUGCUUCUAGUAUGACUCCCAGAAAUUAUCCAAUGCCUCCUGCGAGUUAUAUGGGGUCUGCAUAUCCUGGACUGCCUGGCAUUCGGUAUCCCAUGUCAUAUCCUGGAGGAAUAAUGAGUCAACAGCCUUCGAGUGGUUCACCUAGUUCAGUGCCAGUUUCAGUUACUAAUAGUAACUCGUCACCAUCUUCAAGCACUGGUACAAGUUCUCGGUGUCAGACUGAAGGUCCACCUGGUGCCAAUCUUUUCAUUUAUCACAUACCUCAAGAAUUUGGUGAUCUAGAGCUUGCCAAUGCUUUCCAACCAUUUGGAAAGGUUUUAAGUGCUAAGGUUUUUGUUGACAAAGCAACUGGUGUCAGCAAAUGCUUUGGAUUUGUCAGUUAUGACUCUCCAAUAGCUGCUCAAGCUGCUAUUAGUAUGAUGAAUGGGCGCCAGUUAGGAGGUAAGAAAUUGAAGGUACAACUUAAGAGAGAGAACAAGCUGAGUAAACCUUAUUGAUUGGAAGGUGAGCCAUGGAAGGAAGCAGAAUACCCAUAUGUGCUCGCAUGCAACCUGCAAAUAUUCAAAUUGACCUCAGUUUCAGAAUCUUGGGGUGGAUGAUGAUUUGUGAUUAUAGCAUUACUGUCCAUCCUUCCUGUAAUUACGUCAGAGGAUAUAAAUCUUGAAAGCUGUAAUUCAUGGCACACUCAGCACCAAGACAAUUUGUAACAUGUAUCAUGGAAGUUCCUUUAGACAUUGAUUAUUGAUUUAUUGAUUUUUCCCUCAUUAACUUCUUUC